UGUAUGUAUGAGUGCUGUUGUAAAGUGUAUUCAAUGAAGAACUCAUGCCUCAUGUGUUUACUUAAUGAUAUUAUGCUUUAGAUUAUAAAUAUUUUUUUGAUAAAAAAUAUUAACUAAAACUUUACAUUAUUUUGUUUUUAGUGUAAAUAUUUUUUUAAAGCUUAUUUUAAAGCCGUUUAAAAAAUAAAUUAAUAAUUUUUCUGAUAAUACUAAUUAUGAAAUUCUUGAGCGAUGAGUGACACCAAAGGAGAGAUUAUUGAAACAAAUGACAACUCAGAUGAAAGUGAAGAUAGAGUUCAAUUCAAGCGCCAAAUUACACUAAUUCCUGCCAUAGCUAUAGUGGUGGGUAUAAUCAUCGGCUCCGGUAUAUUUGUCAGUCCCAAAGGUGUCUAUGAAUACUCUAACUGUUCAAUUACCAUCUCUUUGGUCAUAUGGGGUCUCUGCGGCUUAUUUUCGAUGUUGGGCUCACUAUGUUAUGCCGAAAUUGGGACAACCAUUACACGAUCGGGUGGUGAUUACGCUUACAUCUAUGAGGGGUUCGGUUCUCUAUUAGCUUACCUGUAUCUAUGGGUUUCAAUUUUGAUGAUACGACCGACCACUCAGACAAUAAUGGCGCUUACAUUUGCCAAUUAUAUAUUGGGACCACUGUUUGACACGGGAUGUGAUCCGCCACAGAAUGCCAUCAAAGCAUUCGCUGCUUUAGCUCUCUGUUUUUUGACAUAUAUCAACUGUUCAAAUGUUAAAUGGGCUCUAAAAGUACAAAACAUUUUCACAAUUUCAAAACUAUUGGCACUCAUAAUCAUUAUAGUCACCGGAUUUUAUUUCUUAAUUCAAGGCGAUUACAAGAACAUAACGUCAACUUCAUUGGAUCCAAAAUCUCACAAAACAUGUCAUCAAAGUUAUUCUUCAGCAUUUUAUUCAGGAUUGUUUGCCUUUGGAGGAUGGAAUUUUUUGAAUUUUGUAACCGAAGAGCUUAAGAAUCCAUACAAAAACCUUCCUCGCGCUGCACUCAUCGGUAUUUUCAUCUCCACUUUGGUCUAUGUAUUGACAAACAUCUCCUACUUUGUGAUCCUUACGCCUACGGAAGUGCUAUACUCUCCCGCCAUAGCAAUGGUUUUUGCCAAAAAAGUUUUGGGAGUUAUCGCACCAUUGAUGCCAAUAGCGGUUGCAUUAUCUACAUUUGGUAGCGUUAAUGGCAUUAUAUUUACAUCAGCUAGACUGUUUUGUGUGGGCGCACAACAAAAACAUUUGCCCAGUAUUUUUGGGAUGAUUCACAUUAAUAGAUCAACUCCAACGCCAUCACUAAUAAUAUCAUGUAUUUUAUCGUUACUAAUGUUAGUAACGUCUGAUAUAUACCAACUCAUUAAUUACUUUAGUUUCACCAAUUGGUUUGUCACAGGAGUGGCAGUGGCUGCCGGUAUUAGACUACGUUUUACGCGACCCGAGUUGUAUCGACCCAUAAAACUUCCAUUAAUUUUGUCCAUUAUAUUCACGCUAUCAUGUGUUGGACUAACAGCUAUGGCUGUCAUAUCGGAACCAAUUAAUGCAGUCAUUGGUGGAUCAAUUGUAAUUGCUGGCAUUCCGUUUUAUUAUCUUCAAAAUACAUGCAAUAAUAAACUUAAUAAAUUUAACUCUAUUCGGAGUUCUCUUCAAAAGUUACUACAAGUGGUUGCUAUUGAAGAGGAACAACAAUUAUAACAAUAUAUCCAUUAUUUUUGUUAACAAUUUUUAAUUGUGUUUUGUUUAUAUAAAUAACAAUUUUUGUUUUAAAUAAAUUUUGAUAAGUUUUACCCGGUUUU